AUGGACCCUGAUGUCACCCCUGUCCACGCCCCAAGGCGUCAUGUUCCAGUGGCCAAACUUGACAGAGUCAAUGACGAACUAAAGAGGCUCUGUGACGACGGAAUCAUCAAGCCAGUAAUGGAACCUACAGAAUGGCUCUCCAAUAUUCUGGUCAAAGAGAAACCUAAUGGAAAGCUGAGGAUAUGCAUAGACCCAAGUCAGAUGAUCAACAAGGUGAUCAAAAGACCGAUCUACACCAUCCCAACAAUCGAAGAGAAGCUACCACUAUUGACAAAGGCGAAAGUAUUUACUACAGUGGACGUAUCGGAAGCCUUCCACACCAUCGUAUUGGAUGACGAUUCGUCACUGCUCACCAACUCAGGUUCAAGCGCAACUGCAAAGUGA